GAAGACUAGAGGAAUGUGUUGGAGAUUUCAGGGAGAGUUCAGCUGGCCGGGAACGUGCUAUCUGCCAAAAGAAGAGAAAGAGAGGGACAGAUACUCACACUGAACGGGAGAAAACAUGCCCCAUUUCACUGUGGUACCAGUGCAGGAUAACUCACCGUCCAACUAUGACAGUCUGGAGGGUAUAAACUGGGUGGAUUACAGAGACACAGGACAGGGAGGAUACCCUGGACAUGGAGACACAGUUAGCUCAGAUGGUCAUGGCAAUCAUAAAGAAGACAGUCCCUUUCUCAGCAGUUCAGACUCAGCAUCUAAGAGGAAUGACUUCUACGACAGAAACCUGGCUCUGUUUGAGGAAGAGCUGGACAUUCGGCCGAAGGUCUCGUCUCUCCUCAGCCGGCUGGUCAAUUACACAAAUGUUACUCAGGGAGCCAAAGAACAUGAAGAGGCAGAAAGUGCUGAUGCAUCCAGAAGACAAGUGCCCAAGUCUCCGAAUAUGGGCACGCUGAUGGGAGUGUACCUGCCAUGUCUGCAGAACAUAUUUGGUGUGAUUCUUUUUCUGCGUCUCACCUGGAUUGUGGGAACAGCAGGUGUCGUCCAGUCCUUCCUCAUCGUUCUCAUGUGUUGUUCAUGCACAAUGUUAACAGCAAUCUCGAUGAGUGCCAUAGCCACCAAUGGUGUAGUUCCAGCUGGUGGGGCCUAUUUCAUGAUAUCUCGGUCUCUGGGCCCUGAGUUCGGUGGUGCAGUUGGUCUCUGUUUUUAUUUAGGCACAACCUUCGCUGCUGCCAUGUACAUACUGGGAGCAAUUGAAAUAUUUCUGAAAUAUCUGAUUCCCCAGGCUGCCAUAUUCCAUCCCGCAGAUAUUCAUGCGGGGAGUGGUGCAAUGCUGAAUAACAUGCGAGUGUAUGGCACAAUAUGUUUGAGCCUUAUGGCUGUAGUUGUCUUUGUGGGGGUCAAGUAUGUCAACAAAUUUGCCUCCCUGUUCUUGGCCUGUGUCAUAAUCUCCAUUGUGUCUAUCUACGCUGGAGCUGUCAAAUCCAUCUUCCACCCUCCUGAGUUUCCGAUCUGUAUGUUGGGAAACCGGACAUUGGUUCGUGAUUUGUUUGAUGUUUGUGGGAAGACAGUAGUUGUCGGUAAUGAGACGGUUACCAGCAAGCUUUGGAAGAACUUCUGCAGCUCUGAGAAUUCCAGCAGUGCUCAUUGUGAUGAGUACUUCUUUCAGAACAAUGUUACAGAGAUCCCAGGCAUUCCUGGGCUGGCCAGUGGGAUCAUUAAAGAAAACAUGUGGGGGGAUUACAUGGAGAAAGGGCAGAUUCUCGAAAAGGCAAGUCUGUCCUCUGUCGAUGUCCAUGGCUCCAUGGAGACCUUUGGCUUCUAUGUGUCGGCUGACAUUGCCACUUCCUUCACCCUCUUAGUGGGAAUCUUUUUUCCUUCUGCCACAGGCAUUAUGGCAGGAUCGAACAGAUCUGGAGAUCUAAGAGACGCACAGAAGUCUAUACCAAUAGGGACGAUUCUGGCCAUUACAACUACGUCUCUUGUCUAUUUCAGCUCUGUGGUUCUAUUUGGGGCCUGUAUUGAAGGUGCGGUGCUGAGAGAUAAAUUUGGAGAUGCAGUCAGAAAAAACUUGGUGGUUGGCACACUGUCUUGGCCUUCUCCUUGGGUCAUUGUGAUUGGCUCAUUCUUCUCCACAGUGGGUGCAGGACUUCAGUCCCUGACUGGAGCUCCCCGCCUCCUGCAAGCCAUUGCUAAAGAUAACAUCAUCCCUUUCCUUAGAGUCUUUGGACACGGAAAAGCUAAUGGAGAGCCCACGUGGGCUCUGCUGCUGACGGGACUCAUAGCAGAGCUCGGCAUCCUCAUUGCAUCACUGGAUCUGGUCGCUCCUAUUCUCUCCAUGUUUUUCCUGAUGUGUUAUCUUUUUGUAAACUUGGCAUGUGCAGUACAAACACUUUUAAGAACGCCAAACUGGAGACCACGGUUUAGAUACUACCACUGGGCUCUGUCUUUUCUGGGCAUGAGUAUGUGUUUAGCCCUUAUGUUUAUCUCCUCUUGGUACUAUGCCAUUGUAGCAAUGGGCAUUGCUGGUAUGAUCUACAAGUACAUUGAGUAUCAGGGAGCAGAGAAGGAAUGGGGGGAUGGGAUCCGCGGGUUGUCUCUUAGUGCCGCCCGUUACUCACUUCUUCGCCUGGAAGCUGGACCUCCCCACACCAAAAACUGGAGGCCACAGCUGCUGGUUCUGCUGAAGUUGGAUGAGGAUCUACAUGUAAAGUAUCCCAGAAUGCUUACCUUUGCCUCACAGCUGAAGGCAGGAAAAGGCCUAACCAUCGUAGGUUCUGUGAUACAGGGAAACUUCCUGGAAUGCUAUGGGGAAACACAAGCGUCAGAACAGGCAAUAAAGAACAUGAUGGAGAUUGAGCGGGUGAAGGGCUUCUGUCAGGUAGUGGUAGCCUCCAAAGUGAGAGAGGGGAUCGCACAUUUGAUCCAGUCCUGCGGUCUGGGAGGCAUGAAGCACAACACAGUUGUUAUGGGUUGGCCAUAUGGCUGGAGACAAAGUGAAGACCCACGGGCUUGGAAAACCUUUAUUAAUACAGUCCGCUGUACUACAGCUGCCCACCUGGCUCUGAUGGUCCCAAAAAAUGUGUCAUUCUAUCCCAGCAACCAUGAGCGCUUUACUGAUGGAUAUAUUGACGUCUGGUGGAUUGUCCAUGAUGGUGGAAUGCUCAUGCUCCUGCCUUUCCUUCUCAAACAACAUAAGGUCUGGCGUAAAUGUAAGAUGCGAAUCUUCACUGUGGCUCAAAUGGAUGAUAACAGUAUUCAGAUGAAGAAGGACCUGGCAACCUUCCUGUACCAGCUGAGAUUAGAAGCAGAAGUGGAAGUGGUUGAGAUGCACGACAGCGACAUCUCCGCAUAUACGUAUGAACGGACACUGAUGAUGGAACAGAGGUCACAGAUGCUAAAACAAAUGAGGCUCUCCUGUGCAGAGAGAGACAGAGAGGCCCAACUAGUGAAGGAUAGACACUCGCUGAUCAGAAUGGGCAGUUUAUACUCCGAUGAAGAAGAGGAAACCAUUGAAGUGUUACCAGAGAAAAACCAGAUGACCUGGACUAGUGAAAAAAUAGAAGCAGAAAGACGGAACCGAAGCAAUGCACCAGAAAACUUCAGAGAACUAAUCAGCAUUAAACCUGACCAAUCAAAUGUUCGGCGGAUGCACACAGCUGUGAAGCUGAAUGAGGUUAUUGUUAAUAAAUCCCAUGAUGCUAGACUUGUGCUGCUGAACAUGCCAGGACCUCCACGCAACACAGAGGGAGAUGAAAACUAUAUGGAAUUUCUUGAGGUGUUGACUGAGGGUCUAGAAAGAGUGUUGCUUGUGAGAGGUGGAGGUCGUGAGGUCAUCACCAUCUAUUCGUGAAAGGCCAAAGAUCAAUUCAUAGACCACUGUUACUGUGUGUUACUGUAAACUAUAUAUAGUGCAAGUCAAAAAAGUGGUAUGUGAAUACUGAACAUCUUAUGCCAUCCUAAAUAUAUAAUCAAUGAUAAACUGAAAGGUACUAUUCAAUACAUUAAUUUCACUUUAAAUAUUUCAAUAGCAUGUUAGAACUGUUUCAGAUGUGUACCUUUUCAACUGAAUUCCUUCCACAAUCAUGCCAUAACAUUUGGAAUCACAUUGGAAUGUAGGCCAUGUUUGCUAGACAAAAUAACAAGAUGAUUCCCGCAACAACAAUGCUUACGUAAAACAUUAAUAGACAAUUCCUUUAAAACAUUUGAGCUUUUUCCACCACCACACUACAUAUCUCUGGUGUGGCAACAUGCACUUUCAAGCAAGCUAACAAUCAAUUAGAGAAAAUCGUGGUUUG